AUGAGAAAUCUGAACCAAGACGGAGGAUUGAUGUUGAUAGUGGAUACCCGGGGAGAGCAGUCCGAAGUACCAGAGGCCGAAUCCGCCGAGGAGACGAUCAAAACAACAAGUCUUCAUGUGGAAACUACAUCGUCAACAACCACAACUGAGAUCCCAACAACCACGACCGUGGAAACGUCGACUUCUUUGCCUACCACCGAGGCUUCAGAAAACACGACGGAAAAGAAAAAAGACGUCGACAUGACCGUGGAUUUUAAGAAUCUUCCGGCAAUGUUGAAUAUCCUCAAACAGCUCUCCAUCAUCCCUGCAGUUGUCAAAUCGUUUGCAGGUUCUUCUUCUUUCUCGCCUCAACCAACUCCUCUGUUUGCAUCAUCAUCUGACGUCAGAUACUCUCCUGUGGAGUCAAGGCUCCGAUCCCGGGCUUUGGAUGAAAACAAUGGAUACAACGCCCAAGCGCCUUCUUUUGUUCAAGCUCCAGCUAUGGAAUCGGAGACUCCGGUUAGUCUGAUAGGACGCCGAGACCAAAUUCCAAACAUGCCCGCUCCUAUCAUCCCCGUUAAUAAUCACCCAAGACAGCAUCCUGUCGAACAAAGGAUGAGUCGUCUCAACAUUUACGGGAUUGACUCCUUUCCGACCACAGAAGCCAAAGCAUACGAAGCGCCGACAACUCAGACGUAUUUUGAGGAACUAGAAACAUCUUCCAGUGGAAGUAGACGUUUGCGGCCUAGGUUUGAUAUCUCAAAUUUGACAAUCGCCGAAGUUGAGCAAUUAGAAUCAAUCCAUCGGAAAUUGUUUAGAACCGGCGAAAACGGGGAUAAACUGUUAAUUCGUCCGGUGACUUCUACUCCACCCGAGACCACAGAAGCGCCACUUUAUGUUUUCGAUAAACCACGGACAAAGGAACCCCCUGUGAAAUCACACAACCACCUCCCAGAGGUAACGUCGUCGUUGUCCCCAAGCGAACUGAAUGAAUUGAUGAUGAUAAAAGACCUUCCAGACCUGGAAGAUCUAACGAAAGGAAUGGAUUUGAGCCUUCUGAGCAAACCUGGAGGAUUUUCCCAAUUAAAACAACAAUUCAUUGAGCGAAUUGUAAACCGCAGUAUUCAGCUCCGAAGAUACGCACACAGAAUGAACUGA